CGAUAGUCAAGGUAUCCAUCCUCCAGACGCGGUUCUGCAGCCAUCCAUCGCGAUUCCCGCGACAACUCCAUCUUGCGCCAUCGCCGGACCGCGCCACGUGUUGCAUCGCGCGCACCCCGGUGUCAUGUAGCUGGUGCCUCCGAUCCAGAAGGUGUCAUUCGGUGUGUCUGCGCCAUUGAAUUUCUGCGCCAUUGAAAUUCGUCGAGGCUUUCGCGCCUCGCACUGGUCGUCGCGAUGCCUCCUGUUGCUCAGCAUCCCCAGGCGAAAUUCGACCCGAUCCCGCCCGAUCUCGACUUGCAUGCGCUCGUCGAGAGGACCCCGAACUUCCACUGGGUCUUGCGCAUCUCUGCAGCCCAGAUCCGCAACAUCGGCCCUCAAGAAUUCGAGAAGCUGGUGUUCCUUCAUGUCGUUCAUGGCGGCAAGCCGCUGGUCAUCGAGAAAUGGAACGAUCGGCUGCCCAAGUCGCUCUUCGGCGUAGAAUGGCUCGAGGCUACCUACAACAAGAAGCCGGAAAACGUCCGCGACCUUGGCGGGCAGACUGACAUGCCCAUGACGAUCGGCCACUACCUGCGCUCCAUGAAGACUCUAACAAACCAGUGGACCCCGACCAACUUUCGCGAUGAGCGCCGACAGCGACUCUACCUCAAAGACAUGGACUGCCCGCCCGAGUGGCACGACUACCUGCGCAAAGUGAUUCCGCCGAACCUGUUCUACUUGAAUGAAAACGUCGACGAGCGCUCAAGGAAAGGGCGCAGUGAUGACGUGGACAUCUUCCAGGAAGGCCGAUCAGUCGCCCCGGCCGGCGAUCUGAUGAGCAGCCUGCCCGAAGAAAUGCGCGCCCAGAACCUCAUGUGCUACAUCGGCCACGAGGGCACCUACACUCCAGCGCACCGCGAAAUGUGCGCCAGCUUGGGUCAGAAUAUCAUGGUCGACGCUUCUGGCGACGAAAACGGGGAAAAGCCGGGGAGCUCGAUAUGGUUCAUGACCGAGACGAAAGACCGCCACUUGGUGAGAGAGUACUUUCUGUCCAUGUUGGGCCACGACAUAGAAAUCGAGAAGCACUUUGCCCAGAUCAACGCAUGGAAGAAGGCGACCUUCCCGGUCUACAUCGUGGAACAGAAGGUUGGAGACUUCAUUCUCGUGCCCCCUCUGGCUCCCCACCAAGUCUGGAAUCGCGGAACCAGAACCGUCAAGGUUGCGUGGAACAGAACUACCGUGGAGACUUUGCAGCUGGCCCUGCACGAGGCGCUUCCCAAGGCUCGACUCGUCUGCCGUGACGAGCAGUACAAGAACAAGGCCAUCAUCUUCUACACGCUCGAAAAGUACUACAAGGAGAUGUUGGACAUGGAGAGGACGGCCGACAUUGGCCUGCUGGGCUUCGGCCAAGACUUGAUCAAGAGCUCCACGAGGAUGAAGCAGAUGGCGGCAGAUUUCAAGGCGCUCUUCCGCCUGUAUACCGAGGUGCUCGUUGAUGAGAUGUUUGCGACCAAGGAGAAAGACGUCGAAUACAUCGAGUUCGACUCCAACAUUACCUGCUCCUACUGCCGGGCGAACAUCUUCAACCGCUUCUUGACCUGCAAGCAUUGCAUACGCCAGCUGGUCAACGGCGACGAGGACACCUACGACAUCUGUAUGGAGUGCUACGCCAUGGGUCGGUCGUGUUUCUGCGUCUCCAACCUCAGCUGGUGCGAGCAGUGGCGCUGGUCCUAUUUGGUGGACCGCUACGAAGCCUGGCGAGCGUUGAUCAUCAAAAACGACGGCUACAUCAGCUUCGAGAGCUCGCCGCUCCCCUUGGAGUUGGCCAGGAGGAUGUCCGGCAAGAAGUCAAUUGCCCAGGUUUGCCAGGAGCAGCUCCGCAAGCGGCCGUGGAAGGACUUAAACCAAAUCAAGGAGCCUUCGGAGCCGGAGGAGUCGGAAAUUGAGGUGGACGACAACGGCCGGCCAGUGAAAAAGAAAAAGAAGAGGCGGGUGAAGAAGGGUGACGUCUACCGCUGCCACGUUUGCCAGCACAAAGAGUACGUAUACAAGCUGGCCUUCUGCUCCAGCUGCCCGGAUGCGUACUGCUACGGCGUGCUCUACCGGGCGUUCGACCUUAUGCCUCAAACGGUGAUGCAGAACGAGAACUGGCAGUGCCCCAAAUGCCUCAAGAUCUGCAACUGCGCCGCGUGCCGUCGGGCCGGGAACGGCGACCCCUACAUCCCUAAGACCACCACGCUCGGACACGACACCCGCCGGAUCGCAGAUGACCGAAGCGUCGAGAGCCUCGUCGACUUCCGGGUCCACAACCUGUCAUGGCUGAGGAGCGUUGGUGAUGCAAGCAGAAGCCUGUCCAGCAAACGCAUGCAGCGCUUGCAACAGGCGGCCGAGGCGGAGAAGGCAAAACAGGCGGAACUGGCCAACCAGGUCCCGGCCUUGCCUGACAGCGCGCUGGCCGAGAGCAUGGAUGCCGCGAUGCAGCAGGCCGCUCACGUUGAGGACGGCGUACCUGGAACAGCGCCCAUGGCGGAGGGCGCUCCGCCGACAGGCGUUCCUGAUGGCCAACAGCCGAAUGGCGAACAUGCAGAUGUCGCGGAGGUAGCUGAUAUGUCCGUGACAAUGGGCCAGGAUCAGUCCCCAUAUCCAGACCCUUCAAUCCUUGGCCGUGAGGGUAUGCUCGGCAUGGGCUACUACGAGCAGGAUGACAGCGAUGACAGGAUUCUGUUCGACCCCUACCAGAUGCCCUCGGCGGACACCAUGGCGGCGGCGGUUGACGACGAGCCCGAGAUGUCGGAAUACCUCAAAAAGCAGCUUCGGAUCGCUAAGAGACGGGCCCGGCAGGAAGAGGAUAACGACCCGGACUUCCGGAUCUCGCGCUCUCACCACAGGAAGAAACCCAAGCUCGACCACGAGCCGCCUCAACAUGAUCCCCAGGAAGUGGCCUUGAGUAACAUGGACCCGGCCCUGUUUGGAGGGGACGUGACAAUGGUUGAUGCGCCCGCGGUUGAUGCCGCCGCGGUUGAUGCCGGUCAGGCCACGUCGCCAGCGGAAGCCAUUCAGCAACCAGCACCUGAAUCGGAGGAGCCGGACGGCGCUGCUUCGGAGCCUCGCGCUUAUUCUCCAAACCGCCCAGCCCUCCGACACGCGCGACCUAAAGCUUCGUACCUCGAAGAGGAUAACGGCGAGGAAGAGUUCAACGACAUUGUGAUCCCUCGGUCGCUGAGACCCCCUGAAGGCAUUACGCAGUACAACCCAGGCGACGCGAAUAAAGACCCCUUGGAUCUGGCUUCGGCUGCCAUCAUGGCAAUAACCGGCAGAAGCACACCCGCCCAAGGACCCAGUGCGCAGGCAACGCCAGCUGCGAGCGGGAAGAAGCGCGGCCGUCCGCGGAAAUCGGAUGUCCUGGCUGCGCAAAGCGCAGCUCCUAAUCCUGCACCGGCUGAGAAGCCGGAGAAGACGGAGAAGCGGCGUGGACGGCCUGCCCGAGCUCGUGCUUCGCUCAGCACCGGACCCGAAAAUGAAGACGACGCUUCUGCUGCAGAACUUGACGCUCAGCUCGCCCAGCAGCUGGAGGGCUUCGAUGAUGAAGGAGAGCUCAUCAGCUCGGAGCCCACUGUGCCCGCCAGCCCAAGAAGACGAAGCCGUCCGCCGAAGAGCGCCCCGCUGGGGACGCAACCCCAACGGAAAAGGGUGGAGGUGGCCGUUGAACUUCCGUCACGGUCCUUGUUAUCCAUGGCAGACAGGAUGAAGCUUGAGGGCAAGAAGUUCAAGAUCGGUCAGCGCAAGAGUUCCGGCCCAGCAAAGUCCGCCACUCCCGUGCGAGACAGUACAAGAGAGAGCGAAGCUGGCCCUAAUCCUUCCGAGGAGGUCUCCCCGCCGCCUCGAGAGCCAGCCGCUGCUGAUAAGGGAACCGCCGGCAGCGGCGGCAGCAGAGGCAGGGGCGCGGCCAGGGGCAGGGGCGGAAGACGCACUUCCCCUCCUCGCGACGCUCCGGACAGCGCAGACAAGGACUUCGACCCCGCCGCGGAGGAAGAGGCCGUCUCGGACGAGGCGUCAAGCCCAUCGCCGUCUCCGUCCCUGCGUCCUUCGCCGGCGCCUGCUCCCGUCGCAGCGGAAGCGCCUCCCGCCUCGCCAUCUCCUCCCGCCGCUUCUCCGCCGCUGCCCGAACCAUCCUCGCCUGCCCAGCCGGAGCCCGAGCCCGAGCCCGAGCCCGAGCCGCCGCGUGUCCCCUCCGGUCCGACCAUCGUUAGGCUCCUGGACGCGGACGAGGAGGAGGAAGAAUACGGGGGUUAUGGCUCGGAAGACGACGGGGCGGACGAGACUGGCGAGAGUGAGGCGGGGCAGCCGGGGGACGACGAGUUUGCGGGUCAGGCGAGCGGUUCUGGCUCGGAUGAUGAUGAUGACGAUGACGAUGAGGACAUCCCCGCCCGUAUCGGGAGGGUAAGUUCAGCAGCGGGCAGGGGCAGGGGGACGACGGCGAUUCGAGGGGGUGGUGGGGCGCGCGGGGGCGCGAGGGGACGGGGAAGGGGAAGGGGAAGAGGAAGGGGACGAAGACGGUGAAGGGGUGUGUGAAGUGGGUGAGUGAGCGAUCCGACGUCGGAUGGAUGGAUGGAUGGAUGGUGGUGUUGUUGUUUUGUUGUUGGGGAACAGUUACCAUUGGCCGUGGGCGAGAUAAAUUGGUUUUGGCCGGUGUCGACGGGCUUGCUACUUA